AUGACCCAACCCGCCCUCCAGGUCCUCUUCUUCGACGUCUUCGGCACCGUCGUCGAAUGGCGCACCUGCGUGACCAACGCUCUCCAUGACGCCGCCCAACACGCCCUCCAGGACCCAGACAGACAUCUCCCCGACGACCUCCGCGCCAAAGCCUCCAACAUGACACCUACCGACUGGCUCGCCCUCGCCGAGGCCUGGCGCCGGUCAUACCAACACUUCACCUCGACCGCCGACACCACCUCACAGCCCUUCAUCUCCGUCGACGAACACCACCACCGCGCCCUCAUCCACCUCCUACACACCCACCACCUGACCGACCUCUUCACGGCCGCAGAAACCCAAGACCUAUCGCUCAGCUGGCACCGGCUCCAGCCGUGGCCGGACGCCGUGCGCGGGCUAGACCUGCUCAACCGCAAGUUCCGCACCUGCACCCUCUCCAACGGCAACAUCGCCCUGCUGGAGGGCCUGCAGCGGUACGGCGCGCUGCCCUUCACGCACAUCCUGAGCGCGGAGCACUUUGGCACAUACAAGCCCGCGCCGGAGGUGUACCACGGGGCGGCGGAGCGGUUCGGGCUGCGGCCCGGGGAGUGUGCGAUGGUCGCGGCGCAUCUAGAGGAUCUGAAGGCGGCUAAGGCGUGUGGGAUGCGUACGGUGUAUGUUGAGCGGCCGGAGGAGGAGGAGGAUCUGGAUAUUGAGCAGGAGCGGAGGGAGGGGUAUGUGGAUAUCUGGGUUGCCGGGGGGGAUGGGUUUGUGGAGGUUGCGCGGCGGUUGGGCAUUGCGAUUGAGGGUGAUGUGUAA